GCAAACAUGGCUCACUUCACGGUGCGCUCACUGCCGUUUGUGCUGCUCCUCUGCUCGUCUCGCAGCUCUGAGGCCUACAGACCCGUCUUCAUCGUGCACGGACUCUUCGAUGGGCCAAAACAAUUCAAAACACUCACCAACUUUAUCCAGAAGGUCCACCCCGGCACACAGGUCACCAUUCCAGACCUGUACCCUGAUGUCCUCAGUGUUUGGCCUUUGUGGACUCAAGUCAAAGUCUUCAGAUCGAAACUGGAACCCUUACUGAAGCAGGCCGAAGAGGGGGCCCAUCUGCUCUGCUUCUCUCAAGGUGGGGUGAUCUGCAGAGCGCUGCUGUCUGUGAUGCCCAGUCAUAACGUCCACUCGUUCAUCUCUCUGUCGGCUCCUCUGGCUGGACAGUACGGAGACACAGAUUAUUUAAAGAAGAUUUUCCCCAAAUACCUGAAAAAAAGAAUCUACAAAGUGUGUUACAGCAGACUGGGCCAGGAGCUCUCCAUCUGUCAGUACUGGAACGAUCCCCAUCACAGAAACAAAUACCUGAAAUAUAACAACUUCCUGCCAAGGAUCAACGGAGAGAUACAACAUAACUAUACAAACGUCUGGAGGGAGAACUUCAUGAAGAUAAAGAAGCUGGUUCUGGUCGGGGGUCCAGAUGAUGGGGUCAUCACUCCGUGGCAGUCCAGUCAGUUUGGUUUCUACAACAUUAAUGAAAAUGUGUCCACAAUGAGGAACCGAGAGUAUUACCGCAGUGACGUGUUUGGGCUGAAGACGUUGGACACUCGUGGGGACGUGUCUGUGUGUGUUCAGUCUGGAGUGGGUCACGUUCACUGGCACCAAAACUACUCAGUGUUCAGCAGCUGUAUCCAGCAGUGGCUCACCUGAACCAGCGCUGCCACAUUGGAUUUCAGGAUUUGUCACAUUUGAGAACCCGUCCUGUUCAGCAAAAAAAACACCUGCCAUCGUUUUGUCGCAGAAAACAUUUUCAUUUAGCCGAAUAUUUGAAUAAACAUGUUCUGUAAAACAUCUGGUAAAACGCAGAACAGUGUUUUCAUCACACAUAAAAAUGAAUCUCAUCAGUGGUCGACUACAGCCUCGACUACGACAAGAACAGCUGCAAACACAAAACCUGAGACUCAAACAUCGAAGAAUUAAAUCUGUGCAACAGCUGAACACUGAGAGGACUGAACAUAGAGGACGUGUGUUCAUUUGUGCACAGACCUGAACUCCUCCAUAAAACUGGACACAAGUAAAAGUCCUGAACAGUUCCUCGUGUUAUUGCAAUGAUUGGUUUGACAACAAAAACAGCCAAAUGAAGUUGCUUAUGUAUUAGGAAUGUAACAAUAACAGAAAUAUCAUAAUAUCGUAUCAUCAAAGUUCUUACAAUAACAUCGUGGACCAUCACAAUAUAUCGAAUUACAAGUGUCUUUGCUUGAAUGAAGAGUUAUGGUGCAACAGCAGCUAAAAAAAGACAGAGGGAACUACAUAGACCAUGAUCCUUUGCUCCAUUUCAGUGUAGACUACAAGAAGAAAUAACAGUUCGAACACUUUUAAGUCUCUGGAUUAAGUCUUGUCAUGGCAUUUUAAAAGGAAAAAGUCUCAUAUUAGCCUCCAUAAAAUAUAUUGCUACAUCUCUAAUCGCGAGCCUCCCACCAUCACAAUAUUGGACCGUGAGGUUCAUACUGGGACAAUACCGUCUCAUGAGACUUGAAUAUCCUUACACACCUAUGUUUCUAUCAUUCUGUUUCCUUUGUUAGGUUUGAUUUACACUGUUAUUUCAUGUUUCCAUUGUUUUUUUGUUUUUUUCCCCAUCUGUGGUAUGAACUUGAAUGUUGUUGAAUGUUGUUGUAGAAUGGUGUUCAUUAAAUGAUCAAUCUUUUUUCAGUGAAGCAAAUUUAUUUUAGUUUAUUGAGCAUAAUUUGGGAGGGUUUUAGCUUCAUAUGAGACAUUUCUAAAACCAAUCGAUUAAUUUAAAGUCAAGUUAUAAGCUUUUGUUUCUACAAAAUGGAUAAGCGACAAGACUUUUGUCAGGGACUGUAUAUAUAUAUAUAUAUAUAUAUAUAUAUAUAUAUAUAUAUAUAUACACACACACACACCAUUAGCAAUUGAGAUUUUGGAGAAAUACUGAAAUCAUUAAUUCAUUAUUUGUUUCCAAAACCAAAAUGAAAAUGCAGAUAACGACUGUUUCUCAUUUCUGUGACUUAAAGUGCAAAGCCGGACUUUUGCACUGUAUACGGACUGAACCAGGACUGAACCAGAACUGAACCAGUACUGAACCAGUACUGAGUGUCGGGACGGGCUCAGAGGUGCGCCCGCAUAGACUGCCGGGUGAUCAGGACUGAGACCGGGACCAGACCAGGUCUGAGACCAGUUCAGACCUGCUUCAGUCCUGGUUUAGUAUUGGUUUAGUCUUGGUUUAGACCUGGUUUAGCCCUGGUCCAGUCCUUGUUUAGACCUGGUUUAGUCUUGGUUUAGUUUUGGAUUAGUCCUGGUUUAGUCCUGGUAUAGACCUGUUUUAAUCCUGUUUUAGUCCUGGUUCAGUCCGGCAUCUCAGUUUAAGUCAUGUAAAUGGGAAACGGUCAUUAUCCAUUUUUUCCUCUAUUCAUUUAAACACAAAAUUGAAAACUAAAAAAAAAAACAAAUUGAUCCAUCUUUUCAUUUUGGUUUUGGAGACAAAUCAUGAAGAACAUAGCUGUUUUUUUGUUUUCUUACGAAUGAAUGACACACAGACUCUCCACAGACCUUCAGUCGAAUCAUCUGGAUCAGUCCUGGAACGGCCAAUCUCGUCUGAACUAAAGGUAAAAGGAGCUGGUGACUUGGAAACUCCUGCAUCACAAGGUGGAGCAGAGCAUUUAGAGUUUUGGACUUGUAAAAAUACUCAAACAUGUGGGAAUGAAACAAAACACAACUCUGAGGAUGGUUUUGAUGUGGUAAAAUAUUGUGGUACAUUUUGAUUAUUUUCAUUGCACUGAAAACCUUUAUUACUAUGAGCGAGUUUGUAUCUCCACAAACUUGUCUCUUAUGCUUGUUACCAUGGAAAUGUCAGUCCUUGGGCUGUAAUCUUCCACAGUAUGGCAUUAAAUGAUUACAGUUUUGCAUCAGUUAA